GAAAAUGAAGAAAGCGUGAUAUGGCCGAUUCUUUUAAAUUCUCCAAUCAUAGCAUUGCUUCUCUCAAAUUUCAUCACCUCUGAUCUGGAAGAUGUCUACGAUAUAAACGCCAGUCUAAAAGCUGUCAUUAUUAUUUUGUGUUUUACUUAUGUUUAUACGUGUAUACGCGUAUUUGUGUACCAAGAUGUUAUGAAAAGUCAACCGUCAUCACUCCAAGCCGGAAGAGCUAAUGAUGCUGAUAAUACAAAUGACGAAAAUCCUAGAAAUUGGAAUCCUCAAAAAUGGAGAAAUGUUAAUUUUUGUCUUUUUAUUUUGGCUGCCAUUCUCUUUCCAGAUCAUGAUGACAGGCGAGCGAUCUUCUAUGGUUUAGCCCCUCCACUUUUCCUCAUUGCUUUUUCUGUGUGUAUGCAAGUGCUCUUCGACAAGUGUUCAUUUGGAGGCGAAAGGGAACGACAAUCAUCAUCAAACUUGACCAGAAGAGCUCCUGACUCUGUUAACCUAAAUAACCAAAAACUUACAAAAAAUUCAAUCUGGACAGAACUUUAUUUUACUCUUAUUUUAAUAACAGCCCUCUGCUUUUGGAUGUCUCAAAAGUUCAACCCUGUUCUCUUUAGCGGCAUUGCUCUUAUUUUUUGGAUCAUUGCCUUAUUUGUGUACUUACAUUUGUGCGGGAAUGAUAGUAAAAAGAAAGCUUCCAGUGCUGACAGAAAAAAGAAUGAAAAUCCUGAAACUGACCGAAGAGCUCGUGCAGUAAAAAAGCAAAACAUUUUCAAAUAUAUGGUGGGGACAGAAAUUUUAAUGUUCUUUGUUUUUUUGAUUCUCUUCACCACGGAAGAGCCCAGAAACGAACUUUUAAACUGUUUUCUUCAUAUUUGUCUUUGGAUCAGUGUAAUACUUAUAGGUUUGUGCUUGUAUGAGCAGCAUACUCUAAAUGCUACUUCAACUAGUGAAACUAUUAACGCUAUUCUUGAAUCUGGAAGGAAAGUUGGUAAAAUAAAUUAUCAAUCUGUAUCGGAGAAGUGUAAUUGUAAUUCUGAUGAUAUAAAUGAUCAAAAACCUGAAACUGAGCAGGAAACUAGUGUAACAAAUGAUCAAAAUGAUGUAUCUGUCCAGAAUGAAAAUGUUGUUGAUAGAACAAAUGACGGAAAGCCUGAUCAGAAGGUUUCUGAUGCUGGUGAAACAGAUGGUCAGAAGCCUAAACCUGAUCAGAAUGAUCCUGAUGCUGGUAAUAUAAAUGAUCAAAAACCUGAAAGUGACCAGGAAACUAAUGAAGCAAAUGAUCAAAAUUCUGCAUAUGAUGCUGAUAGAAUAAUUGAGGAAAAACCUGACCAGACAGUUUUUGAUGCUGGUGAAACAAAUCAUCAGAAUCCCUUACUUCACCAGAAUGAUCCUGAUGAUGGCGAAACGAAUGAGAAAAUCUCUGAAUCUGUCCAGAAAACCUCGUAUGCUGUUGAAACUAAUGAUCAAGAUUCUGUACCUGACCAAAACGACUCGGGUGUUGCUGCAGAAAAUGACCAGAAUGCAUCCGGAUCAUAUUUUCUAAGCUGGUUUUGGUAGUUUAAAACUUUGAAACUUUAUUUUGGAACUUAAUUCGGACUAGUAAAAUCCAAGAAAUAAGUUGAUGGAAACAUUACUC